AUGUCACCCUCCAAGCCGACCAUCGUUCUCGUCCCCGGCUCCUUCUCCGCUUCCGGCGCAUACGACCCUUUCGUCGCGCACCUCCGCGCACAGGACUUCACCGCGCUCGCCAUCCAGCUCCCGUCGACGCAGAAACGCGAGCCUGUGGCUCCAGCGACGCUGCAGGACGACGCUGCGCACGUGAGGGGUGUGGUUGAGCGCCUCGUUGCCGAGCGCGACGGAACCGAGGUCGUUGUCGUGGCGCACAGCUACGGGGGAAGUGUUGUUACCGAGGCGCUGUCUGGAUUGGGUGUUGGAGCCGGGGCCGGAGCCGGGGCUGAGAAGGAGAAGGAGAAGGAGAAGGAGAAGGAGAAGGAGAAGGAGAAGGAGAAGGAGAAGGAAAAGGAGAAGGAAAAGGAGAAGGAAAAGGAGAAGGAGAAGGAGAAGGAGAAGGAAAAGGAGAAGGAAAAGGAGAAGAAAAAGGAGAAGAAGGGAGGGGUUAGGCGGUUGAUUUUCCUGAGCGCCACGGCGCCAAAGGUGGGCGAGACGCAGAUCACUGCUAUGCGGCUGGAGGAUGGGUUCCUUCCAGCCGAAGCCGGAGGAUAUAUGCACAUGGAUCCCGUCAUCAUGGCUUCCUUUGUGUGCAACGAUCUCCCCUACGCUCAGGCCUACGAACACGCACUUCAGCUUCCUCACCACUCUGCUGUCUCGUUCCAGAGCGAGGUCACGCAGGCUAGCUACAAGGAUAUCCCUGUCACCUAUAUCUUCUGCGAGAAGGACAUGGUGAUUAGUCCGGAGAGUCAGCAAAGGUUCAUCGACACGAUUGAGGAGGUCAGUGGGAGCAAGGUCGACGUGAAGAGGAUGAACGCAGGACAUUGCCCGAACUGGAGUAAGCCGGAGGAGCUGGCGGGAUUGAUCGUUGAAGCCACACAGAUGUAG